CCUUCAGAUAAGGAUGCCGAACUGGGGAGGAGGAGCCAAGUGUGGAGCCUGUGAGAAGACAGUGUACCAUGCUGAGGAAAUCCAGUGCAAUGGAAGGAGCUUUCACAAGUCAUGCUUCCUCUGCAUGGCUUGCAGGAAGGCUCUGGACAGCACCACAGUAGCAGCUCACGAAUCUGAAAUCUACUGCAAAACCUGUUAUGGGAGAAAAUACGGCCCCAAAGGGGUUGGCUUUGGACAAGGGGCUGGAUGCCUCAGCACUGACACCGGAGACCACCUGGGCUUGAACCUGCAGCAGGGGUCACCAAAGCCUGCUCGCCCUUCAACACCAACUAAUGCUUCAAAGUUUGCCAAAAAGAUGGUAGAUGUGGAUAAAUGUCCCCGUUGUGGCAAAUCAGUGUAUGCUGCAGAAAAGAUCAUGGGAGGAGGAAAACCUUGGCACAAGACCUGCUUCCGCUGCGCCAUUUGUGGGAAGAGCUUGGAAUCCACCAACGUUACGGACAAGGAUGGAGAGCUCUACUGUAAAGUUUGCUAUGCAAAAAACUUUGGUCCCAAAGGAAUUGGGUUUGGUGGCCUCACUCAAGUGGAAAAGAAAGAGUGUGAAUGAGAAGAAAUGGAUGCAUCAGACUCAAACUGCUGUUGACACCAAGUGAUAGCUGUCAAGUAAAACAU